AUGUCUGAAUACGUGAUAACAGUCAUCGCCCACGGUCCUGCCCUCUCCGUGGAACUCGUGGACUCCUUUGAGUCCGAAUUCAUCUCUAGAAUCGGCUCCUUCACCUCGAAGAAGCUCUCGCCAAGAGCCAUCGACUACUACGUCAAUCCCCAAGACCCCCAAGAAGCGGCUGAUUCGAUCAAAAGGGACCUCUUGACAAAGUCCCCCAAGUAUGACGUGAUAUUCCAGCGGUCUGAUGCCAGAAAGGACAAGAAGUUGUUCAUUUUCGACAUGGACUCUACCUUGAUCUACCAAGAAGUGAUAGAAUUGAUCGCUGCCUACGCCAACAUCGAGGACAAAGUGGCUGAGAUAACCGAGAGGGCCAUGAACGGCGAGUUAGACUUCAACGAGUCUCUCGAGCAGAGAGUUCUUCUCUUGAAGGGCAUUGACGCGUCCACCAUCUGGGAAGAGUUGAAGCACAAGAUCAAGAUCACCAACGGGGCCAAGGAGUUGUGUAAGGCCCUCUCCAAGUUGGGGGUAGUUAUGGGUGUGUGUUCGGGUGGUUUUAUCCCGUUGGCUGAAUACGUCAAGGGCGAGUUGGGCUUGCACUAUGCCUACGCCAACCAGUUGGGGGUGGACUCCAACCAGGCAUUGGAUGGGACUACGUUUGGGCCAAUUGUGAAUGGAGACAAGAAGGCAGAAUUAUUGCUUGAAAUUGCUUCGAACCACGGAAUUGACCCUGCCAAAGCAGUGGCUGUGGGUGACGGUGCCAACGACUUGAAGAUGAUGGGAGUUGCAGGGUUCGGAGUGGCCUGGAAUGCUAAACCUAACGUACAGAAGCAGGCUCCAUGUUGUUUGAACUCGGAUUCUUUGCAGGACAUUUUGUAUAUUAUGGGUUACGACGAUGAAGAAAUAAGCAGACUUAUCAGCGAAUAG